GUCACGGGGGGAGGGGCGUGAGCGUGACGUCAGGACGCUCCCUCGCGGCGCCGGAACCGGCCUCGCGGGCCCGGUGAGCGGGAGUGACGUCACUGCUGGCAGAGUGACGUCAGCCGCAGGCCCAGCCCAGCGGCGUCACCGCCGGGAAUCGGGAGUGACGUCAGCGCCCCGGCGUGACGACAUCACGGCCGCGGAGCGCCGACAUCAGCGCCCCGGAGCGACGACGUCACCGUCGCGGAGCGACAUCGCGGCGCCGGAGCGACGGCGUCGGCAGCCGGAGCCAUGUGGAGGCGGUGCGGGGCGCUGGCGAGGGCGCUGGCCUCCCGCGGGCGCCGGGGCCUCGCUCCCGGCGCCGCUAAGGGGGCCGGGCCCUGCCCGCCGCACGGUGCCGCGGCCCUGUGCUCACAGCUGGAGCUGCCGAAGGAUUACGCCCUGCCCAACGCCAGCUGGAGCCAAGACAUGCUGGACUUAUACAACAGGUUCCUGGAGAUGACCAAGGACGGGCCGUGGAAGAGGAUUCCCUCCUACAACAACAUCCUCGAUCACAUCCCAGAGUCGAUGAAGCUGGUGCAUAAGAAGAGCAAGGGCACGCGCCUCUUCCUUCGCAGCAUCGACGCCGAAGGCGCGGGCUUCGAGUACGUGAUGUUCCUCAACACCUUGGAGAAAAGGGUCGUGUGCCUGUUCCAGCCUGGCUCCUACCUGGAGGGGCAUCCAGGCUUCGCCCACGGCGGCUCCAUCGCCACCAUCAUCGACAGCACGAUAGGGAGCUGUGCCAUCUUCGUGGCGGGCAGGGUGAUGACGGCCAACCUGAGCAUCAACUACGUGAACCCCGUCCCGCUCGGCUCCGUGGUGCUCGUGGACAGCAAGGUGGACAGAGUGGAGGGCCGGAAAGUCUUCCUGUCCUGUAAAGUGCAGAGCGUUGACGGCAGCACCCUUCACGCGGAGGCGACGGCUCUCUUUAUCCAGCUGGAUGCCACCAAGUCCCAAAAGCAGCAGGCCAGUUGCCAGUAGGCUCCGCCAGCCCGGAGGCAGCUCCGGGCCCCCGAACGCCGCCCCCACCCCGAGAUCCGCCCCGCUCCGUCGCCGCGGUCCCGUGUCUCCGGGUGAAGGCACGCACCCGCCGCCGCCGCCGAGACGCUUCUCCCGGCCUCCCCGCAGCGCUUCUCCCUCACUCCUGACCGGAUCCGGUUCCCCGCGCGACCCCUCGUCCCUGCCGCUGGGACCAGCAUCCUCCCAGCGCGAUGGAGGCAGCUUGGGAGCAGCCAGGAAAACCCGUUUCGGAUGGGAAUUGGAGGGAGGUGCCCGUAAAUGUGUCGGCCCUGUGCCUCGUUUUCCCUGCAGUG